AUGCUCUCUGCCGUCCGCGUCUUCCCCAGACGAAAAGCCCUCCAUGGCGCCCUCCUCUUCUACAAGGGUAGCCGAGGCGUCAACCUCAAGCUCUCUACCAUCCAAGCCCUCUUCCACCUCCCGCAGACUAAGGCUGCCGCCUCCCUGGGGCUGUCUCUGACGGCGUUCAAGAGCGCGCGCCGGCGGCUCGGCAUCUCCCGAUGGCCGUACGAGCGGAAGGCGUCUGGCGACAAGAAGAUCGCUGCUGCACAGCGGAAGCCACGGCGGGGACGGGACUCGGGGAGGACGGGGACGGGAGGGAGACAAGACGAAGACGUAGAGGACGGGACGGGGCCGCUGGAUCCGGAGUGGAUCGCAUGGUACAUGACGACGAGCGAGGACGGGGGGCUAUCAUGA